GUGUACAACUGCCACCGUCAUGCACAAUCUGGUGGAGCCCAAUUCUUGGAUAUUCUUGCGAUUGGCAUCGUCUAUGUGCAAGGUUGUACAAGCCGUAGUACUGUAACCCUUCCCAAAUAUGGAUCCUUUCCAGCGAAUCUCCUUUUGUCUAGGCCGUACUACCUCACAUAUGAGUUGUUGGAUCGGGAAUCAUCUGAAAAAUAUUCUUUGCUACGUGUAGUUCCAGCCUCAGAAAUACACGCCGACACCAUUGCUGAGGAAGAUGGAGCCUUAGAACAGGCUAACCUUAAAGAUGGAGUUCAAUAUGCAGCUGGAGAUCUAAAUGGAGAAGUCCCAAUGCGGUCAAAUCGGAACAUUAUCGAUUCUGGAUCUCGGCAAACCCUUAGUAUGGCAGAAAUUGAGGAGCUGAAAAAAGAAGGGACUGGUGCUGGAAAAGACUUAAUCGAAAAACUAAUGGCGAGUCACAUAGGCAUUGAACAAAAAACCUUAUUUAGCUUGGCCAAGUAUAAAUUAACGAAAACAAAAAAAUAUCUCAAGAGAUUUACCGUAUUACCGCUUGACGUACCAUCGUUAACACGAUGGCUGAUGGAGCAGAGGGACGCCUCAAAAAUAUUGGAGAUGCGCGAGGAGAUGUUGGCUUUGAUAGGAAGCUGGGCUAAUGUACACUAUUCAUCUCUGGCUCCCUCUUCUGGUCUCCAAGGGUUCGAGACAAAUCCACUAACUGGCCGCUGGCUUGUUGUAGACGAAACGGGGGGUCUCUUAACGUCCUCGAUUGCCGAGAGGAUGGGAAUAUUAUACCCUGAGCCUCACUCAGUCUUUCCUGUCACCAGCAAACUAGCUCCGCUAUCCGACUAUGAUGCGGAGAUACCUUUCGCCACAUCUAACACUAUAACUUUGGUCCAUAACAACGCUCAACCAAACCUAAGUCUCAUGAAGUAUUUCUCCUAUAUCCCUGACAGCCCAAUGAUAACAGAUGGCAAAUCGAGAUUCCCACAUCCUCUGUCAACGCAUCUCCUACCCAUAAACUGGCUACAGCUACUCAAGCCUCAUCAAGAUACUACCUACGCCACAACUUUUCCUCAAAUGACCGCUGACGAACUGAACAAUAUGAAAAGCAGCAAAAGGGGUAACUACUAUCGCAAGCAGCGGAGAUGGGCACGUGCGCGAUACAUUGUGUCACAGACAUUACAUGGAGACUUUGAUGGCUUAGUCGUAGCCUCUCAUAUGGAUCCAAUUAGUGUCCUUAGACCUUUGUUACCUUUACUGAGAGGAGGUGCUCCGGUAUGCGUCUACAGUCCAUAUAUUGAACCAUUGACCACUUUGGCCGACGUAUUUAGUACGAGCCGGCGAACCGCUUUCAUACAAAGCCCUCCCCAAGACUUUGCAUGUCUUGAGUCGUCCAUCUCUCAAUCGCCAUCAGUAAUGAGAGAUAUAUCUCUUAAUAACUCGCACUUUAUCCAUCCUCUAGAACUGGUAAGUAAAGAGGCCUCGACUCCUGAAAAGGAAAACAACACUAUUAAAGAUAUGUCAACGAAAACACUCACCAAAGCUACAUGGCCCGGAUCCGAAGAUUUCCCCCUCAAUCCUACCCUACUUCUGAACGCUACUGUCCAUUCUGCGCAAAUACGCGAGUGGCAGGUACUACCUGGACGAACGCACCCUUUGAUGACUGGACGCGGUGGAGCAGGGGGAUAUAUAUUCACUGCUACUAAGGUCUUACCAGCCGAGGGACGCGUCGAGGCUAGAGGCAAAUUCGGAAGGAAAAGGGGCGGCGAGAAUGAUUGUAAAGAUGAUGAACAAAAAAAGGCCAAGAAAGAAGGUGAGUUAUUGAUGAAAAUCGACUCUACGGAGUAG